ACAAAGCUGAAACGUGCAGUUGGCGUCGUCAGCAGCAGCAGCAGCAUCGAAAUCCUCAACUCAACACGCACAAUAGCCAAAAAAAAAUCAAAAAAAGAGCAACAAGCGCGACGUCUCUGCCGCGAAUGCGUCGCUGGCGGAGCGCGUAUAAUGCAAAUUAGCAAAAACGCAGCGCAAAUAAACAAAUAAUUUCGCAGGCAGCCGCACAAAUAAAUUAGACAGUGAAAAAUAACAGAGAAAUUUUUCGGGAAAUUCAAAAAAUCGAAAAAGCCAAAAAAAAAAAAUCGAAAUACGAAAUACAAAAUCGUUUGCCAAAUAUUUAGAGAACCUCAAAAGAACAAAAUAAAAAAAUACAAAGAAAAAAGAGUGCGUGCCAUUUGUGAAUUGUUGAGAUGCCAAACGCAUCCCAAGAUGGAGAUAGGCUUGCUGUCGUCGGCUAAGAAUGGCCAAACAACAGACCAAAUGCUGACCACGAGCUCGACAAAUUGAAAACAACCAAAGCAAACUAAACAAGGAUUUUCGAAAGCCACAAACAAAAAAACAAACAAACUUUCUAUACAACAAAUGAGAGAAGAGAUUGAGCAUUUAAACAGCGACAACUAAUACGAAAAGUGCUGCAACAAAAUGUGGCUACUCAGUCUAGGCCUGCAGUUGGCCACAGAAUCAGAGUUUGGUUUAAGUAACACAACACUUGUGUAUUACCCCAAUGACACGAUGUACAGCACACAGCCGGCGGGCGAUUAUCUGAGUGCCACAGGCAGCUCGUAUGCAUCGAGCACCGAUUUGCCUACGUAUCAACAUUGCAUUGCCACACGGAAUUCCUUUGCCGAUCUGCUCACCUUGGUGCUCUAUGGUUUGGUGUGCAUUGUGGGACUGUUUGGCAACACGCUCGUCAUCUAUGUGGUGUUGCGCUUCUCCAAGAUGCAGACUGUGACGAACAUCUACAUACUUAAUCUGGCGAUUGCCGAUGAAUGCUUUCUGAUUGGCAUUCCCUUUCUGCUCUACACAAUGCGCAUUUGCAGCUGGCGUUUCGGGGAGUUCAUGUGUAAAGCUUACAUGGUCAGCACUUCGAUUACCUCCUUCACCUCAUCCAUUUUUCUGCUCAUCAUGUCCGCCGAUCGUUAUAUUGCCGUCUGUCAUCCGAUCUCCUCGCCACGCUAUCGCACAAUACACAUUGCCAAGCUCGUCUCGGCUCUGGCUUGGACCACUUCAGCGGUGCUGAUGCUGCCUGUAAUGCUCUAUGCCAGCACAGUGGAGCAGGAGGAUGGCAUCAACUAUUCGUGCAACAUCAUGUGGCCUGAUGCGUAUAAGAAACACUCGGGCACCACUUUCAUACUCUACACUUUCUUCCUGGGCUUUGCGACGCCACUUUGCUUCAUACUCAGCUUCUACUAUUUGGUCAUCAGGAAACUGCGUUCGGUGGGUCCCAAACACACGACCAAGUCGAAGGAGAAGCGACGAGCACAUCGCAAAGUCACUCGCUUGGUGCUGACUGUCAUCACGGUGUACAUUUGCUGCUGGCUGCCGCAUUGGAUGUCUCAGCUGGCGCUGAUCAAUUCCAAUCCCGCGCAGCGUGAUCUCUCUCGGCUGGAGAUACUCAUCUUUCUGCUGUUGGGCGCCUUGGUCUAUUCCAAUUCGGCAGUGAAUCCGAUACUCUAUGCCUUUCUUAGCGAAAACUUUCGCAAGAGCUUCUUCAAGGCCUUCACCUGCAUGAACAAGCAGGAGAUCAACGCACAGCUGCAGAACGAGCCGAGUGUCUUCACCAAGCAGGGAAGUCGACGUCGUGGAGGAUCCAAGCGUCUGCUAGCCACCAAUGCGCAGCAGCAGCUGCAACAACAGCCGCCGCUAUUGGCGUUGCAUGUGGGCAAUAACAACUCAUCGACGACGACCUCAUCGACAACGACGGCCGAGAAGACGGGCUCCACGAAUGCCCCGAAAUCGUGUAGCUCCAAUGGCAAAGUUGUUGCACCGGGUGCUGAGAAUUUGAUCAUCUGUUUGGAUGAGCAACAAGAGACCUUCUGCACCACAACGCGACGUGGCUCGAGUUUGGUGCAACAAACGGAUCUGUAGAAAUUAAUUGAGAUAUUUGAAUAAAUCUACAUUUGUAAGUUUUAUUA